UCUGCGGAAAACGAUACAAGAACCGGCCGGGAUUGAGCUACCACUACGCUCAUUCCCACUUGGCCGAGGAGGAAGGAGACGACAAAGAGGAUUCGCAGCCCCCCACUCCCGUCUCCCAGCGGUCGGAAGAACAGAAAUCUAAGAAAGGACCCGACGGGUUGGCUUUGCCCAACAAUUACUGCGAUUUUUGCCUGGGAGACUCCAAAAUCAACAAGAAAACGGGACAACCGGAAGAGUUGGUUUCGUGCUCGGACUGCGGGCGAUCAGGACACCCCUCCUGCCUCCAGUUCACCCCCGUGAUGAUGGCGGCCGUCAAGACCUACCGCUGGCAGUGCAUCGAGUGCAAGUGCUGCAACAUCUGCGGCACCUCCGAGAACGAC